UAACGGUUGCUAACAACGUGUAAACAACUGCUGCUGAUCCCGAAGGAGGAUUGCAGGAAGGGCGGUGCUCCUGCAGUCAUCGGGUGAGAGCUCAUCAUAACAAUGGCCCAGGAAAGAUCUACCAUGAGUGGACGCUCAGACAAUACCGAGACGGAUGCUGAUGGUGCGGCAAAAUUAGAGAUUGCUAAACUUCAGAGACAGUUAAGGAUCUUGAAACGAGACCAGCAGGCUUACGAGAUCCAGGCCCAGGAGCAGAUCCGCAAACAAGAACAGGAAAUUGAGAAGCUGGUGAAAGAGCAAGAGGAGCUGCAUCAAAAUCUUGCUGCCCACAAGAGUUUGUCUCGUCAGCGGCAGGACAGUGAGGACACUCAGGGUCUGCAGGCUCUGCUAGAGCAAAACGACGCACUAGACAGAGAAUUAGAGAACGAGAAGCAACUUCAAAAACAGCUGCAGACAGAGAUAUUGAGCGUGGAGUCGAGGCUUGCAGAGAUGAGAAAAGAGGGGGUCAGUCGUGGUCAUUCCCAAAGCUCCGAUACACGGAAGACGAAGAAGGUCACACGCACUUUGGAAGGAAAUCUGAACAGAGCUUCCACGCACUACAGUGAUCUGAUGACCAAAAACACCCGACUGAAAGAGGAGCUGGACACUCUUUAUCUAGAGCGAGACCGUUUCCAGAAACUGCGAAAUAACUUAACCAAGGAGCUGCAGAAAAUCCGCAAGAGCAUCGGGGAAAUGACGAAGCUGUCCACUGCUGCUUAUGAUGACAGGGAAGAGGCUUUGUCCAAGAUGAGAAUGUUGAAAGAGAAGAAAAUGAAGGACUUUGUCCAGUACAACACUGAGAUAAAAAAACUCGAGAGGGUUAUUGCACACGAGUUUAACCUGAAGAACUUCAUGAGCAUCAAGUCCAGUGAGCAAACUGGGCUGUUUGACGACAAAAUGGCACCAGAACAAAUGUCAGAUGUGAAGGAACCACAGAAGGUGAACUCAGGGGAAGAGUCUCUGGACAACCUGAAGGAGGUGUUUGAAAAGCUCCAGACUGUGAUGGAGGAGGAUAACCUGGACCUGCUGGUCAAUAGUUUCAUCCAGGCUGAAGACCGGAACCUGGCCUUUCUCAAAUUUGUCAAUGAGCAAAACAGUGAGGCUGAGAAAUUGAAAGAUCAGAUCAGUAAGAUCAAGGAAGAGAUGGAGAAGUUUCAACGUGAAGCUCUGCAGCAGGAGCAAAAUCAUAACUCUUUGCUGCAAGACAUUAAAGGAAAAUUAAAGAAAACUGAAUCUCAAGCAGAGACUAAUGAAAACCGAGCUGCCGUUCUAAGCAGAAUCCUGGAUGAAAUCAAAACAGGAGUGAACAGCAUCUUCUCUGAAAUAGGCUGCGACCGCUCAGCAGUGGAGGACAGGCUGGGCUUCUCUUCCGGGAUCACAGAGAACAACAUCAUGACCUACCUGGAUCUUGUAGAGGAGAAGACCAAUGAGCUGCUCAGUGUUCAGGACUUCCUGAACAAGUUUAAGGAUCUGGAAGAGGACUUUAGUCCAACAGACCUUGCCAAAGGUCCUCCAUGUCAGAAUCCAGAGCUCCUCAAACGAGAGCUCAGUAUCCAGCCAGCUGCGAGCAGUUUGGAGCGUGAUGCAGAAGAGUCUCCUGUCACGGAUGAAGACGAACGGCCCCUUUCACAAGAGGAACUUUGCAGGAAAAUAAUGAAACGAAGAGCAGGGAGCUCAGCCCCUACAAGGAGCAAAACAACCCUCAAAGAUCAAUUACGGGCUUAGUGGCAAACAACAUAUCCAGGAGGAUGGACUCAUGUGCUAUCAACAGUGUUCAGUGUCACUAUGGAGGACCCUUAAUAAUAAAUAUAAUAAACUACCUUUCACAAGCUCAGACUACAA